GGCUGCAGUAGAGCAGAGGCAUAGAACAGUGGACAGAUACAUAGAUACGGCAGCAGUACAUGCAAGAGAGAAGGGAGAAGCAGCGAAUGAGAAGAGAAUUUUUUUUUUUUUUCUUUCACUGUAUUUUUGCUGUUGAAUUCGCUUCUUUCACAGUUCACACCCAAUAAUACCUGCAGAUACGAAUGCCCUUUUUUUUUUUCUCUUUUUUUUCUUUUCUUUUCUUUUCGCCACUACUGUUGUUGGGUUAGAAAACGUAAAGGUGCAUAACAGAUAGUAACGCAUUUUUCUUGAAUCUGAAACAAUCUAUAUACUGAGAGUGGUAGGUUGAGGGGGGCGGGGAAGAAGCCAUGAAGGAGAGGGGCAAGGCUGUGGAGACGUACGGUGGGAGCUGCUUUGCGGACUACUACUCUACAUCCGAUCUUCCAUGCAGAAAACACCCAUCUUCGUCUUCUGUGGGGAUCUGCGCUUAUUGUCUCAAGGAUCGUUUGAUCAAGCUUGUGUGCUCCGACUGUGGGGAGCAGCGGCUUUCUUCUUGCUCAUGCUCUGAGAUUUCUUCCAUUCCCAAUUCCUGUACUGUGGAGGUGGGGAGCGUUGGGAGGAUCUCGUUCUUGAUUGAGAACGAGAGGGGUGAGGUUUCGCAUUCGAAUUCGAAGCUCAAGAGCGAGGAGAAAUCGGAGCAGGUCGUGCUGCUCAAGAGGAGUAGCAGCAGCAGUGUUGAGAUCAAGAGAAGUAGGUUUUGGGGAAUUGGGAGGCUCUUCAGGAAGAAAAGGGACAAGGGUUUCGAUGAUAAGAGUGAGGGUUGGAUGUUUGAUUAUAUGGGUGUGUCUAGGUCUAGGUCUCUCUGCAGUUUCAGAGGUGGUGGAUACAACGAAUCAGAAGACGGCGAUUUGGCUCACUCACACGCUAGAACAUCUGGCGUUAAUGGAGCUCUACCUUUUGAUUUAGAUAAGAAGAGCGGUUUCAGCGAAGAAGAAGCAAGAAGAAGCGGCUUCAGUUGCCCUGAGAAGAAAGAUUAUGAUGCUUUAGACUCCAAAACUGGUCUUGAUUUCAAGGCUGUGAAGAAGGGUUCCAGCUUGUUGGAGCUCGAGACUCGUCUCAAAGGCGCAAAACGAAGCGGUUUUCCAUUAAAGGAAAGCGAUUUCAGCGGCCUAGACGACUCAGGCUUCAUCGAUUUGAAACUCGAUUUCUCAUCAGAAUCAAAGCCGGACAUCUUUUCUCUCAAAAUGGGUGCUCUCUCAGAAUCAGGAUCUUGUUUCAGCAGCAUGAGAGGCGGUGGCCAUGAUCAAUGUGGAGGUUGCUCCUUCGGGAAUUUAAUAGGAGACGACGAUGGAGCUUUCAGUAAUGGCGGAACUUCAUGUAGGAUUACAGUGAAUGAGAGAGGCAUAAAAAAGGGUAGGAAAAGCUUGAAGGUGUGGAGAUGGAUUCUCAGGAACCACCCCAGUUGGGUUAGCACCACUGCGAGAAAGAAGAACGAAGAUCAGAUAUUGAAAUCCUGAAUCAGUACUGAGACAGAUGAAGGGGCUACAAGGAUCAAAGGAGAGAGAACUUUUUGUUCAAAAGGCCAGAGAAUUUGAUGUGUAUUUUAUAGUCUCUCUUCCUUGAAAAUUUUCCUGUAUUCACUUGAUUGAGUUCAUGGCUGAAUCUUAAUCCCAUCAAAAGAGAAAAGGUUUGUGAAUUAUGAAUGAUGGUUAAACAACACCAAAUAUGUACGUCUUCAAAUCAUAUAUUUUACUUGACAUUUUUGCUAAGCAA